AUGUCUUGCAAAGUCAUACAGUAUCUGACCGCAGUUGAUACGUCUAUUGAAGUAGAAUGGCGCAUGAUGACGCACCCUCUUUUACUUGUUGAACGUAUUCAUCAGCUUCACUUCGUAGUCUCUCACAGCGGCUUUCUUUCUAUUCAAACCAUCAAUGUUACCCAUCCCGUCCUGGCAGAGCAUCUAGCUAAACUCCCAUCAUGGGAUACUCCUGACAAUUCGCUGAUGCUACAGGGCUUCGAAUGGCAUGUUCCAGAUGAUCAAGGGCACUGGAAACGUCUUCAACGCUCACUAAUUAGUCUAAAAUCAAUCGGUGUUGACAGUAUUUGGAUCCCACCGGGAUGUAAAGCAAUGACCCGUUCCGGUAAUGGCUAUGACAUCUAUGAUCUAUACGAUCUAGGAGAAUUUGACCAGAAAGGAUCACGAUCUACAAAAUGGGGUAGCAAGGAAGAGCUCCAAUCACUAGCUUCCUCUGCGCGGGAUCUCGGUAUUGGCAUUUGCUGGGAUGCAGUCCUUAAUCACAAAGCUGGUGCAGAUUAUACAGAACGAUUUUCAGCUGUAAAAGUGGACCCAAAAGAUCGCAGUGUUGAAAUAUCCGCUGCAAAGGAGAUUGAGGGCUGGGUUGGAUUCAGUUUCCCGGGCCGUGGCGGCAUAUAUAGUCCCAUGAAAUAUAGUUGGCAUCAUUUCAGCGGCGUUGACUGGGAUGAAACCCGGAAGAAGAAUGCGAUAUACAAAGUUGCCAGCAAAAGAUGGUCUGAUGAUGUGGCUCACGAGAAGGGAAAUUAUGACUAUCUUAUGUUCGCCGACCUAGAUUAUUCCAACCUAGAAGUUCAGAAGGACGUUCUCUGGUGGGGAGAAUGGGUAGGAAACCAGCUACCUCUCUGUGGCAUGAGGUUAGAUGCAAGCAAACACUACUCGGCUGAGUUUCAGAAGAAAUUUGUCAAUCAUGUUCGAGCAACUGUCGGGCCGCGAUUUUUCUUCGUUGCAGAGUACUGGAGCGGCGAUGUCAGGGUUCUUACGCGUUAUCUACAGGUGAUGGAUUACCAGCUGGCUCUGUUCGAUGCACCCUUGGUCGGACGCUUCUCGAGGAUCUCGCGCACAGGGGAAGAUCUUCGCAAAAUUUUCGAUAAUACGCUGGUAGAGAACAAGCCUGCACACGCAAUCACUCUAGUUAUGAAUCAUGAUACGGCUCCGAUCGCAUCAUUCUUCAAGCCUCUCGCCUAUGCAUUGAUUCUACUCCGAGACAAGGGGCAGCCGUGUAUAUUUUAUGGAGACCUUUACGGUAUCCGACGCGGCGUCAAACAUCCUAUGACCCCAUCCUGUGGCGGAAAGCUUCCAGUUCUUGCACGGGCUCGCAAGCUGUACGCUUACGGCGUACAAUGCGACUAUUUUGAUCAGGCCAAUUGCAUCGGAUUCGUUCGUUAUGGCAAUCUGCAUCAUCCAUCUGGCCUAGCAUGCAUCAUGAGCAACGGUGGUGCGUCUCAGAAACGUAUGUAUGUCGGGCGGAGCCAUGCCAAGGAGCGAUGGACAGACAUUCUGGGGUGGCAUCCAAAGACAGUUAUCAUCGAUAAGAAAGGUUAUGGGGUAUUUCCUGUUUUUGCAAUGCAGGUCAGUGUCUGGGUCAGUUCGGCCGCAGAAGGGAGAGAAAGCCUUCGGGAGCCAUUUGAGGAGGGGAUUUACGAGGAUUGA